AUGUUUUUCCGCGCAUCCUUCAUUGCUUCGCUGUUGGCAGUUCUGCCUAAGGCUUCAGCAUCAUCGGCAUGCAAGUGCUUUCCUGGGGAUCCUGCCUGGCCCACUGAGAAUGACUGGUCUCAAUUCAACGAGACCAUCGAUGGCCGACUAGUGAAGACCGUGCCUCUCGGUACACCUUGCCAUGAUCCGAACUAUAAUUCUGAGGCUUGUGCAGUCUUGAAGGACGGGUGGCUACUUCCCGAGGAGCACUAUGAAUCGUCUUCCUCGAUUAUGGCGCCGUUCUUUGCUGAGGGGGCUUGCGAUCCAUUCCACCCCGUCUCAAAGCCCUGCACACUAGGCAACUAUGUGCGCUACGGCGUGAAUGUCACCAGCCCGGCUCAGAUUUCCAACACUGUGAAAUUCGCAACGAAGCAUAACAUCCGUCUUGUCAUCCGUAACACCGGCCACGACUACAAUGGCCGAUCCACUGGCGCCGGAGCCCUUGCAAUCUGGACUCACCACCUGAAGGAUCUGUCCAUCGACUCUUACAGUGACGAGCACUACUCCGGAAAGGCCAUUACUAUGGGCGCUGGAAUCCAGGGCUACGAAGCUUACGAGAUCGCCGAGAAGACUGGCUACCAGGUCGUUGGCGGCGAAUGUCCCACCGUUGGUCUUGCCGGUGGCUACACCCAAGGAGGUGGCCACUCCGCACUUGGAUCCCGCUACGGCCUGGCCGCCGAUCAAGUCCUGAAAUGGGAGGUCAUUGACGGCGAAGGCAACUUUAUCACUGCUACCCGCGACAAUGAGCACUCCGAUAUCUUUUGGGCUCUUAGCGGUGGCGGCGCGGGGACUUACGGUAUCGUCUGGUCCAUGACUUCGAAGGCACACCCUGGAACUCCUGUCUCUGGUCUGAACCUAACCUACACGAAUGAGGGUAUCUCUCAAGAUACCUUCUACGAUUCCAUCGAGACCUUUCACGCGACGCUGCCCGCUAUUGUGGACGCAGGUGCUAUGAGCGUCUGGUACUUCACCAAUGCCAGCUUCUCUAUUGCUCCCAUCACCGGUCCCAACAUCCCUGUCGCUGACUUGGUGACGCUCCUCAAGCCCUUCACCGACAAGCUCGACAAGCUCGGCAUCAAGUACAAUACGGUUUCCAAGCAAUACGAGAGCUACUACAGCCAGUUCAAGGAUAUGCAGGGCGUCAUCCAGGUUGGCACUGCCCAGUAUGGAGGUUGGCUAGUCCCGAGAUCGGUCGUUCAGGACAACAACCACGCCCUGCUGACUGCCUACCGUGAGAUCACCGAGGCGGGCGGCACCUUCAUCGGCGUCGGCUUGAACGUCUCCCACAAGGUGUCAGGAGACGUCCACAAUGCAGUCCUCCCUGCUUGGCGGGACACCCUGAUUGAUACCACUUUGACGACUCCAUGGGAGUGGGAUAACUCUGCUCUCAUGUUGGAGCGCCAGCGCCAAAUGACUGAGGAUUUUAUUCCUAAGCUGACUGCGCUUUCUCCCAAGUCCGGUGCUUAUAUGAAUGAGGGUGACUUCCAACAGCCCAACUUCAAGGAGGUCUUCUAUGGUACCAACUAUGAUACCUUGCGCAAGAUCAAGGCCAAGUAUGAUCCGAACGAUAUCUUCUACGCCAGAACCGCCGUUGGGUCUGACGAGUGGACCGAGAGCGAGGAUGGCCGCUUGUGCAAAGCGAUCUAA